GCUGUCCUAAAGUAUGCAGCCGCUCUAGUUUUGUGAUCUUUAGUUUUCAGACACUAUGGGUAAGUUCAAGUUCUCCCCCCUGGACAUCUUCCUCAUGCUUUUGGGCCUGGUGUUCUUAGUGGUGGACAUAGGGCUGGAUGUAUAUGCCGUGGUGAGUUUCUACCAGGAAAAAUCUUAUGUGAGCCUCUCCGUCCUGAUCCUGCUGCUGGUGGGCUCCUCCCUGCUGGUCCAGGCGUUCAGCUGGCUGUGGUACAGGUACGAGGAAUCUGAGAGGGAUCAGGAGGAGAAGUCCAUGAACCGGACAAAGAUGGAGAAGUGCCUGAGCCUCAGCUACAUCAAACUACUCCAUGUACUCCAGCUGGGAAUCUACUUCAGGCAUGCAGGUGUGGUGGAGAUGUCUUUAUGCAGUGCAAACUCACAGGUCAACGAUUCAGAGGGCUUCGCAGUGUACAUGAUCCAUGACCUGAGCAUGCUGCGGCUCAUAGAGACGUUUUCAGAGAGCGCGCCUCAACUCGUCCUCAUGAUCACCAUCAUACUGCAGCAAGGGCAACUCGACCACAUCACAGUGUUGAAGGCGGUCGGUUCAUUGUCAGCCAUUGCCCUCAGUGUGACCAUGUACCAUCGCUCCAUGCGCUCCUUCCUGCCCGACAAGGAGAAGCAGCAGUUUAUCUCAUCGGUGGUGUACUUCCUGUGGAACCUGCUCCUCAUCUGCUCUCGCCUCACUGCCCUCGCCCUCUUUGCCUCCGUGCAGCCCUGCUUCAUCUUCACCCACUUCCUGUGUUCCUGGCUAGUUCUGUUCUUCUUCCUCUGGCGAUCCAAGACCGACUUCAUGAGUAGCCCCUGCGGAGAGUGGCUUUACCGAGCCACCGUGGCCCUUAUUUGGUAUUUCGACUGGUUUAACGCGUUGAAAGGGAGGACGAGGUACAAGACUAUGGUCUACCACGGGUACAUACUGGUGGACAUUUCCAUCCUCUGCAGUUUGUGGUGCUGGAAGAUGACGACGGAUCCACCAUUGUUUGAAGUUCAACUGCCAUAUGCUGUAAUCACUGUGGUCACUGUUGUUGCAGUCUAUAUCCUUGGUCUCGUUUUAAAAAUGAUUUAUUAUCAGUGCUGCCAUCCAAACCUGUCUAAAGAGGAGUUGAAAGGGGAUGACACUAAAGGGCCCCCGGUUGAUGAACAGCAUUUAAUGAAAUGUGUAAUAUCUUCUGAAGAUGUGGUAGAUGAUCCGUCCAUAGAUGACAACGUUACGAAUAGAAAUCUAAACGAUGAAGAUCGCGGCAUUCCCGCCCAACUAGCACCCGAAAUCAAACGUUGCAAUAAAAGAAUGAGGAAGUUGGCUGAGAACUUCUAUUCCUGACCUGCAUCACCUGACCUCCACCGGACUGAGUCAUGCAGACUUGACCAUCAUGGGGUUGUGAGGGAUAGAAGGACCUGCUUCCUGAUUAUCCUGAGAUUCAACCUCAUGGGUUUAACCUAGACUGCUGCUUGUAAGCACGUAGCCUCAUUCUGCUGUGUACCAAAUCUAAUCAAAUCAAGUUUUAUUUAUAUAGCACAUUUUUAAACGAUUUUUGGUCGAGCCAAAGUGCUGUACAUAUAAUAAAAAUACCCUACAGUAAAGACA